CGCCGACCGGCUGCCCGGGCUGACUGCGGAGCCGAGAGGCCCGAGAGUGGACAUGCCGGGGGUGGUUCGCCUCCUCGCCCUGCUGCUGGUGCCGCUGCUGCUGGGCUCUGCGCAUGGUUUGCACAACGCCACCCAGAGAACAUUCCAGAUCGACUACCACCAUAACCGCUUCCUCAAGGAUGGCCAGCCCUUCCGCUACAUCUCAGGAAGCAUUCACUAUUUCCGUGUGCCCCGCUUCUACUGGAAGGACCGGCUGCUGAAGAUGAAGAUGGCUGGGCUGAACGCCAUCCAGACGUACGUGGCCUGGAACUUCCACGAGCUGCAGCCUGGACAGUACAAUUUCUCUGGGGACCACGAUGUGGAGCAUUUCAUUCAGCUGGCACACGAGCUGGGACUGCUGGUCAUCCUGAGGCCUGGACCCUACAUCUGUGCAGAGUGGGACAUGGGAGGAUUACCUGCUUGGCUAUUGGAGAAAAAAUCUAUUGUUCUGCGUUCUUCGGAUCCAGAUUACCUUGCGGCUGUGGACAAGUGGUUGGGGGUCCUUCUGCCCAAGAUGAGGCCCCUCCUCUACAAGAAUGGAGGCCCGAUUAUCACAGUGCAGGUUGAAAAUGAAUAUGGCAGCUACUAUUCCUGUGAUUACGACUACUUGCGUUUCCUGCAGAAGCGUUUCCACGACCACCUGGGUGAGGACGUGCUUCUGUUCACCACGGACGGGCUCAAUGAGAGGUUCCUGCAGUGCGGGGCGCUCCAGGGGCUCUAUGCCACCGUGGACUUCAACGCAGGUACCAACCUCACAGCUGCUUUCAUGCUCCAGAGAAGCCUUGAGCCCAGAGGACCCCUGAUCAAUUCUGAAUUCUACACUGGAUGGUUAGAUCAUUGGGGCCAACGUCAUUCAACAGUCAACCCUAAAGCGGUGGCUUUCACCCUUCAUGAUAUGCUUGCUCUCGGGGCAAAUGUGAACAUGUACAUGUUUAUAGGUGGCACCAAUUUUGCCUAUUGGAAUGGAGCCAACACGCCCUACCAACCACAGCCCACCAGCUAUGACUAUGAUGCCCCCCUGAGCGAGGCCGGGGACCUCACUGAGAAGUAUUUUGCUCUGCGGGAUAUUAUUCAGAAGUUUGCAAAAAUACCGGAAGGUCCUAUCCCCCCAUCCACACCAAAGUUUGCAUAUGGAAAAGUUGCUCUGAAAAAGUUAAAGACAGUGGAGGAUGCUCUCAACAUCCUGUGUCCCUCUGGACCCAUAAAAAGUGUUUAUCCCUUGACAUUCAUCGAUGUGAAACAGUACUUUGGAUUUGUGCUGUACCGAACAACACUCCCUGAAGACUGCAGCAACCCUACACCCCUCUCUUCACCAUCCAAUGGCGUCCAUGACCGGGCCUAUGUCUCUGUGAAUGGGGUCGCCCAGGGAGUCCUUGAACGAGAAUCUGUGCUCACCCUGAACAUAACAGGGAAAGCUGGAGCCAACUUGGACCUCCUAGUGGAGAAUAUGGGGCGUGUGAACUAUGGCCCGUCUAUCAACGAUUUCAAGGGUCUUGUUUCUAACCUGACCCUUGAUUCCGAAAUCCUCACGGACUGGGAGAUCUUCCCGCUGGACAUGGAGGACGCAGUACGCAGUCACCUGGGGACCUGGGAUGGCCGUGACAGCGGCUACCACACUAAAGCCCGUGCACACAGCCCACCUACCUACGCACUCCCGACCUUUUAUGUGGGUAACUUCACUAUUCCCAGCGGGAUCUCAGACUUGCCUCAGGACACCUUCAUCCAGUUUCCUGGAUGGACCAAGGGUCAGGUGUGGAUCAACGGCUUUAACCUCGGCCGCUACUGGCCAGUGCGGGGCCCGCAGAUGACCCUGUUCGUGCCUCUGCACAUCCUGGUGACCUCGACCCCGAACACCAUCGUGGUGCUGGAGCUGGAGCGUGCGCCCUGCCAGGACAGUGGCCCGGAGCUGUGCACCGUGCAGUUCGUGGACAAGCCGGUUUUUCGCACAGUUCAGGCCGAUAGACAUGCAAACUCGGAGCAAGACUCAUGGCUGACUCCCUGUGAGGAAGACUGUGACCCUUCAGAAUUCUAGCCUUGCACAUACCUCACCUGCCGCUCAGAAGGCCAGCGUUCACUUCUGGUUGGAAGAUGGGUUAGGCGUCUUCUAACCUAGGUUUCCCUGGUGCCCGGCAGUGCCUGACGCAGCCGUCCAGGCUGCGUGGUCAUGGGGUGGGGCUGGUAGCCCAGCAACACAGAGGCAUCCACAGGGUUGGAAGGGAAGCGUUUGAAGUUUUUCUGAUUUUUAUUCUGUUAAGAAUCAUGUAGACUUUUUAUUAAAUAAAAUUUGUAUUCAAAUGA